CCUGAAUAAUAUACUAUCUACUACCCACUAUCCACUACUACCUUGCUGUGCAGCGUGCUGCAUCAUCUCCAGAUCUCUCUCUCAUCCCGCCUCAUCUCCACCGACAGCGCCAACAGCGUCCCACCUCCGCGGAGUACUAUGCGCCGCCCUCAAUGGUCUAGUCUUCUUUAAAAGCAUGGGAGCAUCCACCGUGGUUUUGUGUGCCCAUGGACCAACGAACCCGGCUGCGCAAGGCUUGUGAUGCCUGUAGUAUUCGCAAAGUGAAGUGCGACACCAGCGGACCACCCUGUCGGUCGUGCGCAAGCUUGGACAUCCCGUGUACCUAUGAACGCCCCAGUCGCCGGCGUGGCCCUCCCAACCGCCAUGCAGAAGCCUUCAAGAAGCAGAAAUUAGCAGAAUCGCCCGCGGGCUCUCCGAGUCCGUCAGACCACACCACCACCCCGGGUCCUCCGGCCUCGACACCCUCAUCCAACCCUGUGCCCCUAUCGCUGGAAUCCAUCUGUUCACUACCUACCGUCCGACUGCUCAUUGAUGAUUUCUUUACCUUCAUUCACCCAUUGGUCCCCGUUCCCCAUGAACCGACAUUUCGCGCCUCGUUGGAGCGGCGAGAGGACCUCACCAAUCCCACGUUUCUGGCCCUCACGGCCGCCAUGAUCGGGGCAUCGGUGGCCUCCUUUCCGCGACGACCCAAACAGCACAUCAAAACGGAGGCCGAAAAAGCAGCCUUCCCGCACUCCAUGGCUCUGGUCCGGCGGUGCCAUGACAUCACCGUUCAAGCUCGGGGCUCUGGCUACCUGGACCGCAGCGCGACGGUGUACGAUGCCGCCAUCAGCUAUUUUCUCGGCCUCUGCUCAGGAUAUGUCUGGCACAUCCGCCGGUGUCGCGCAUAUUUUGCGGAAUGUCUGACCAUGAUCCAUGUGUACGAUCUCUGCCGCCAGUCCAACCGCCUGUCAUCGAUGACCCCGACGAGCCCGUCUUCCUCGUCGCGGUACUCGCACGAUCCGUCCGGCACGACCGUAGAGCACCCCGUCGAUCUCAUCGAGCAGGAACUCGGGCGACGUUUAUUCUACACCACCAUCGCCGGCUAUCGGACGCUACAACAGCUGGGAUCUGGCGACGCGAUGAUCCAUGUGCCGCCUGAGACUCCUACGGAGCGCUAUCCGCCUUUACCACUUGAGGUGGACGACGAAUAUAUUUUCUCUACCCAUGUUGACCCACAACCAUCCAAUCGGGUGUCCCUUUUGGUGGGCUUCAAUGCCAACGUUCGAGUGCUGCACUCGUACAAUGCACUCUCCGCCUGGGAGACGGCGUUCGGGCGCGGCCAGAUCUUCGACUGGGAACGGCAACGAUCCCUGUUGUGGGACUGCCUGCAGAAGGUGAAAGCGGCCUUUUCGAAUGUCCCGAGAGAACUGGUCAUUCCGUGGUCCCACGACUCGAUGUCCAGCAACGGCAUUGCGGAGGAUUCGCGGACGCAGGUACGUCAUAUACAAUACGAGAUCCAGAAGGCGAACAUGUACGCCACUCAGCUAGGCACGCGAUCGUACUUGGUGGAGAAAUAUUGGGCUUUGUAUGGGGCCUGGAACAUGCAACGGAAGCUGUCCGACCAGCAAACCCCCCUUAGCCCUCGAACGACCAUCAAGGUCGAGGGUGAGCAGCCACGGAAGUUGGACUCCUCCGAUGCGGACGCCCAAUUGGAUUACAUUGGUCAAAUGAUGGCCGAAGAGCGUCGGCUCGUGAUCCGCGACCUGUUCGUCUUAUUGCGGUCGGUCAACGAAAUCAACAUGGAGCCUAAUGGCACCAGCUUUACCGCCAAAGUUCGGCAAAUCGCAUCCACCUUACUCAACUUUCCUCACUCCAACAUGAUCGCCCCCACGACGAGCGGCCCGCAUCCUCUCACCAGCGACGAAGCGGAAGCCUACCUCCGCGCUUUCAUUGACACGCUGGUCCGCCUCGAGGGGGUGAAGCCUGGCCUGGCCGCCGCCAAGGCUAGUCCUAGGACGCAACGGGAAUCGAUCAGCUAUCUGAGUGAUCAUGACCGGGAGGAGGAAGAGCUGCGACAGUGGGCCAAUCUGAAAGAAUAUCAAGCCAAAUUUGCCGAAGCAGGGGGAUGGAUGUCGGAGCUGUAAGCUGUGCUGGAUUGCAUCCUUAGGAGUUGGAGUGAUUAUAUUAUUUGAUUCGUGGGUGGCCAACUGCGUUCUUGAGUUUGUGUUUAGCAGGAGAUGGAGUUGGACUGUCUGGGUCUGGGGCAAGAUGAUUGAACGGCCUUGGGUUGUAUUAUAAUAGAGCUGUAUUGAUGAUUGGUCUAUCGUGAAUAUGUAUACAUCUGUUCUGGGGAGGAUAUCAAUAAUGUUCGAUACCAUGCCUGUCUCGCAGAACAUAUAC